UACCUAUAUUGUGUGUUUGCCACAAUAGAAUAGGAGCAUAGAAAGACACAAUGGCGUCUAUGCUCCUUGCUUUGCAAUGGAAACACCAAAUAGAUUCUAGUCUAAUUUUGAACAUAAACAAAAGUAAACUGUAAUAUUCAUUGUUUAUGUUCAAACUGAUUCUAUGAUGUCAUUCUAAUUCUAAGACCUCCCCCAGACAUUCUGAUUCCUCCCAUUCCACACAUUAUUCCAACCCCAGUUCCCUGGACCCACAGAGCACACAACACGUACAGUGAGUUUCUAGCAAACAUUGUUUGAUCGUUUUCCGUGAAUUAUUUUCCUCCAAUCGUAUUUGAGUAAAAAUGUCAAACCAGACAAGAAGAUUCCAGCCGAGGGGGCAGUAUGUCCAGGAAAGUGGACGGAGAAACCAGUACAACCAGGGUGCCUGGGUUCAAGGCAGAAAUCCUCCGCCUGGUCAUUACUUUGACGCGGAGACGAACCGACUCUUACAUCUUUUGGAUGCGGAAAGAAAAGCGGUGAAAGAAGAGCAGCGUAAUGUGAACUAUUUGACAAAAGAACUACAAGAUACAAAGAACCAGCUGCAGAAUCAGAAGAAUCAAACCGCAGCAUGGGAGCUGAAAGUAGAGCAUGGACGAACGCUUAUAAGCACUUUGAGAGACCAGAACAAAACUCUGCAGAACGAACUGGAGCAGCUUAAGACCUCCAGUCAGGAAACCAUCUCUAAGAACGAGACGGAGAUUCUUAUGUUGAGGCAACAAGCGGAGAAAUUAGAGCAGGAGUUAACUAGAGAAGGAGAAAACAACUCAAAGAAAGCAGAGAAUGAGUUCCAGGCCAAGGAAGCGAAGGUCCAUGAAUCCCUGGAGCUAAAAACUGAAAACAUGCUGGCCAAUUUGCAGAGAGAGCUGGAAACCGUAAAGGCUUCACACAGGGAAAUGACUGAGAAGUAUGAAAAAGAUACAGCUACUCUGAAACAACGGGCAGAAACGCUGAAGCAGGAACUGAUGGAGGAGAUGGAACGUCAUUCAAAGACGUCCAUGACCAACAUCCAGAUGUUUAACAACCUCACAGCCAAGAACAAAGCUCUCCGGCAAGAAAUGGCUGAAAAAAUGGCGAGUCUUGAACAAAGCGCAGAGGAGACGGAGACACGUCUGCAGAGACAGCUGCAAGAAGUCACACUUUCUGACAAAGAGGUCAUAAGGAAGUAUGAGGUGGAGGUUAGCCUGCUGAAAAUAGAGCUUGAUUGUUUAAAACAGCAGCUGAACGCAAACAACCAGAGAACCUCCAACAAAAUGACCGAAAUGGAGGUCCUGAAUAAGAGCAUGUUUGAAACCAUGGACAAGAUGUUAGAAUCCCUCGAACAAACGCCUGAAGACCCAGCAGCUGGUUUCCAGGAGGAGGUGGACCGGAUUAGGGCUUCACAGCAGGAAGCUAUCAGGAAGUACCAACAGGACAAUCUGACCCUGAGAGAACAGACAGAAACACUAAAACAAGAGCUGGAUGAAGAAAGAGACGCCCAUUCACAGACAUUGGCGUCCAACCUUCAGGUCAUCAACGGCAUGGCAGCAGAGAACCAGGCUCUCCGUCAGGAAAUGGCUCAGAAAAUCUCAGGCUUGCAAGAAGAAUUCAAAGCAACAGAGACUCUGAAGCAGAGAGAGUUGGAAGAAGAAAGAGUUUCCCACCAGGAAAUCGUCUCUGAGAAGGAAAGGGAGGUUCUUCACCUGGAAAGAAAGCUAGAACGUUUAGAUACGCUCCUCAAUGAUGAGGCAGAAACGUCUGUAAAGAAAUCAGCAGAGGACCUUGAUCUGAUCAACCAACUUAGAACUGAAAGGGAUGAACUGCAGCAAGAGAUCUUAGCCCUCAAACAAACUUCCAUCGACGAGGAAAUCAGUCAGGAUUCCAUCCUUCAACUCACCGAGGAGGGAGUCCCAGAGAAAAGGAAAAAGAGCCCCUGGAAAAGGUUUCGCCACUCUCUGGGUUUGAGGAAACCAGAACAAUUCAAGAGAAAGAAGUCCACCUCAGAGGAAAGGGCCUAG